CUUCACCCCUUCUCCAUCGAUUCUACUCAUCUUCUCUCAUAUCCUCGCUUGGUUGACAAAUGGCAAUGAACUCACAAGAAAGAGAUUGGUAAAACAAGAUGUCGGUUCCCAAUCUCAUCACCUGCGAGGUCGAUGGCAUCCAGUAUCUACUGCACCCCCAAGUUCUGGGAAGUACAGAAGCACCGAUCAAAGCCGACCAAGUGAUUCCCGUGCUCCUCCUGACCGAAGAAGAGCUCAACGGCACACCGGAUCAAAUCGGCCAGCUUCUCCAGUACUACGUCGAGACAGACGAUGUAUGCUCGCCCAGUUUCACUGACAUUCUUGUUGAAAAGCCAUCAAAAAAUGGCAACAUCAGCCUGUUUACCGAGAGAAAGGAUGACAGCUCUUGUUCAUCCAAAGCAACUUAUCGCCUACAUAAGACAAUCCUUCACACAUCCAACACAGACAACCCUGAAGCCCAAGAUGACGAUAACCUCCCCUCAGGCCCCUACUUCCUCAGCGGCCCAAACGUCCAUCAAGCCUACCGCUUAUACCCCGACACCCAGGACGCCUUCGUCUACGGCAUGAUCCCCAACGACGUCCACAACCCCUCCGGUUUCCAAGCAGUUUCCUUCCUGGCUUCAGACAGCAUGUCCAAAACGAUUCCCGUUCCCAGCAGGCACUACACCCGCCUCACACCUCGCGGGCAAAAAAGACCAAGUCCAAUCCGGGGAAAACGAAUAACCCUAACAGACGGCCUCUCCCUCCUAGGCACACAAACCACACUGUCUUGUAAAGCCUACGUGGACACCUACCCGCCCGCCACAGAGACUGAUGCUUAUGUUCAAAGGCUGCUAGAAGAAGGUGCGGUAUUGGUGGGGAAGACGAAGACUAGCCAGCUGAGGAUUGGGAGUUCUAUGUGGCCAGAGACGCAUUUCCCUGCUAACCCAAGGGCGGCGAGGAAAAGGAAUGUCUUUGAUUGUAACGGGACUGCGGUGGGCUCGGCGUCUGCUUUGGCUGGGUAUAGUUGGCUUGAGUUUGCCGUUGGUGGGAAUGUGGACAGCGCGGUAAGAGAAUCGGGGAAGAGAUGUGGACUUUAUGGUUUGCGACGUUCGUUGACGGCGGAACACGACAAACCAAGCCCGGGACCGAAUGACAGCGUGGGUAUCUUUUGUCGGAGCUUACACGACCUAUCACUUAUUGCCGAAUGUACCUUUCCUCCUCUUACCGCCCUAGCAAAGGAGUCAAGCCGCUACAACAUCAACAAAAUCCUUUAUCUGGAUUACGCCAAGGACCAGAAAUUGGAACACGCAAUGGAUGUGUUCGUCAAUGCACUCGAACGCCAUUUGAACGUGGCUCGGACGACUGUCAAUCUCGAUGAAGAGUGGGAAAAGUACCGGGUGAAGAGUGGUAUAAACUUCUCUCUUCGUAAGACCGCACGAUUUCUAUACGACUUAAGCCACUACCACGAAUACGCCAAGUUCCGAAAAGACUACCAAGCAAAAUUCCAUUCCAGCCGCGGGCUUGUCGAUCUCGAGGCACAGGUUCUUUGGUCCUCAGCCCGUGACCACGUAAAGCGGCAGAGAAAAUUGCAAGACCAAGUCAAUACAUUCCGAGACUGGUUCGAACAGCACAUCCUUGCGACUGAGACAGACACCGCUACAUGUGGUACCACCGGCGAUACCAUCAUCGUGAUACCGGACAUCGAUUUUCACCAUUAUCAUAUUAUAGGGUUCUUUGGACGGGUGCUUGCGAUGGAAGACAUGCUAUCUCCCCAGACAACGACACCACAGCUUUCGGUACCAUUCACGCAAAACCCCGGUGAACGGCUCGGCGAUGAGCAGACUUAUUCGCCUGUUGUUGCGUCAGUGAUUGGACCACGAAUGACCGACACAUCCCUCAUCACCCUCAUCACCGAAGCCCUCAAAGCCUCAGGUCUCCCAACCUCAGUCCAGCCAGGACCCCUGUGCUUCCCUCUUCCUUCUUCUUCUUCUGCAGACGCCACCACCACCACCACCGCCACUGCCGCUGCCGACGCCACUGCUGCUGCCGACAGCGAUGAUGACAAGAACAACGACGGGAAGAAGAAGGCUGAACCCACCGCAGCCGAACUUCAAGGAAGCACAAGAGCUACAAAGCUUCAUCUUCAUGAGAUGUGGUUGUAUUCGGAGCAGGAGAAGGAAGAAGAAGAAGAAGAAGAAGAAGAAGAAGAAGAAGAAGAAGAAGAAGAAGAAGAAGAAGAAGAAGAAGAAGAAGAUGAUGAUGAUGAUGAUGAUGAUGAUGAUGAGAAAAAAGCCACGGUGACUUCAGAGCUGGAAAAGAAAAGGUUGAAGAGCGACGGAAAUAGCUGGGAUGGGAAGGCUUUGGCGGAGAGUUCGUUGAAUAUCAAAGUUGAUUUGAGGGCGCUGAGGGAGUAAGAAGAUGGAAAGGAAAGAGAUGGAUGGAUGGAUGUGUGUUUGGUGGACGGAGGUUAGGGCUGCUUAACAUUCCCUGAUUUCUCGAGGGCGGAGAAGGGGUUGGAGACCUGAGAAGGGUAUCUAAGAUCAGCAGUUGAGACUUUGAGAUACAUAUAAAUGAGCACUUCGGACCGGCAAGUUGGUGUGACCCCAUUAGUCGACAGCGUCCAUGAUCAAUUAACUUGACGUUGA